AUGGAUGAGAGCAGAGGGCGACACCCCCGCACGCCUCCCCUCCCCUCCCCUCCCCCCUCCCCUCGGCGGCCCGGCCCGGCCCCCCCGCGGCGGGGCGGGCGGGCGGCUCCGAGCGCGCCUCCACUCCGCCGCGCCGAGCCAGCGAGCGGGCGGGCGGGCGGCAGCUCUCGCCGGGCGCCGGAGCCCACGGGAGGCGGAGGGCGCGGGCCGGGGCCGGGGCCGCGGCGGCGGCGGCGGGGCCCGGCGGCGGCGGGAUCGCGGCGAGUUGGCGGCGGCCCGAGCUCGCCGGAAAGUUGGUGCCGGCUGAGCCGGAGGCGCCCGCUCGCCAUGCAGAGACCCGGCGGCCAGGGGACCGCCUUCUCCAUCGACUCGCUCAUCGGGACGCCGCCGCCGCGCUCCGGGCACCUGCUGUACACCGGGUACCCCAUGUUCAUGCCGUACCGGCCGCUGGUGCUACCGCAGGCGCUGUCCCACGCCCCGCUGCAGUCGGGGCUGCCGCCGCUGGCCCCGCUCGCUUCCUUCGCCGGCCGCCUCACCAACACCUUCUGCGCCAGCCUGGGCCAGGCCGUGCCCUCCAUGGUGGCGCUCACCACCGCCCUGCCCAGUUUCUCCGAGCCCCCCGACGGCUUCUACCCACCGCAGGAGCUGCCCCCGCCCCGCGCCACCCCCGACGCCGGCUGCCGGCGCGGCGCCGACGGGCUGGAGGCGGAGGAGCUGCCCCCGGGCCGCGACAAGGGCCCGGCAGAGCCGCCGCUGCACUUCCCGGACGCCUUCCCCGGCCUUGCAGACGGGAAGGCGUACAGCUCGGACGAGGAGAAGCUGGAGGUGAAGUCGGCGGCGACGCCGUGCAGCGAGAGGGAGGAGGAGAGCUCGGCGGGCGAGAGCGAGGAGGAGCCCUUCCUGGACGGGGCGGCCGCCAGCACCGGGCUGGGAGCCAAGGGCAAGGGCAAGGGCGGCCCCGCCGCCGAGCAGCCCCCGCCGGGCGCCGGGGCCGGGAAGAGCCGCCGGCGCCGCACGGCCUUCACCAGCGAGCAGCUGCUGGAGCUGGAGAAGGAGUUCCACUGCAAGAAGUACCUGAGCCUGACGGAGCGCUCGCAGAUCGCACACGCCCUGAAGCUGAGCGAGGUGCAGGUGAAGAUCUGGUUCCAGAACCGCCGCGCCAAGUGGAAACGCAUCAAAGCCGGCAAUGUCAGCAACCGCUCAGGAGAGCCCGUCCGCAACCCCAAGAUCGUGGUGCCCAUCCCGGUGCACGUCAAUCGCUUCGCCGUGCGCAGCCAGCACCAGCAGAUCGAGCAGGGCGCCCGGCCCUGAGCCCGCCGGGGCUCCCGGACCCUGGGGCGGCCGAGCGCCCGCUCCCACUCCUGUGUACAUGUACCUUAUUUAUUCCGUGUAAACUCUGUACAGACGGCAGCGUGUCCUUCUGCCCGUGCCAUGGGGAGUGCGGCCGCCUGGCCCGCGGGCCCCGGCCGCCCGCUGGGCCGGGCUGAGCCGGGCCGGGCCGGGCCCGCGCUGCCGCUGGCGCCCGCCCAUGUAUAGUUGUGAUUUCAAUAAAUUAUUUU